AGCCUCGAUGACAAAGAUGUUGCCCUGCGGACAAGAUCAUAUGAUUGUAUCCGUUCUUCCUACCAUGCUUCCCGGACCAUCUUCUGACUUCCAAUUUCUCCUCUCAACGAUUGAGACAAAGAUAACAGUCGAGGAUCUGUGGGAGGGAGGGUUCAUCAGAUCCGACAGCAAGUUAGUCAAUCUAUCGUACAUGGUGUUUGUAUGACCUACCGCAGUCACCAGGAUUCGCUUCAAUUGCUCGCUGAUUAGUGACUGGUGACAUCGAGGGUGACGGUGAGGCAGCGAGAGACAGAAGUGGGCGUCAUCAUCGUCGUUUCGCCGGCCGGCAAGAUGAUGAAACCUCUGUCUUUCAGAUACGCGCUCAGUACGAGAAAGUGCAGAUCGCCCUUGUUUGCUCCACUUCGCGAGAGGCCCUCAGCCUCAGCCUCAGUCUCUCCUCGCCCACAGCUCGUCCGGUGCUCGUCUAGCUCGAUCUCAGGGAAGCCUUCCUACGAAGCGCUGUUGGUGGACGUCGGAGGCACUUUGCUGGAAACGUCGAAACCCGUGGCAAGUAUUUAUGCCGAGCUCGGAUUGAAGUACGGCUUGAAGAAAUCGCCGGAUGAAAUCAAGACGGGCUUCAAGAAAGCAUUCGCCGCACCGUGGCCCGAGCGACUGCGGUACGAGGGAGAUGGAAAGCCCUUCUGGAGAUUCGCCGUCGCCACUGCAACCGGUUGCCGUGACGAGAGCUACUUCGAAGAGUUGUACCAGUAUUUUGCCAGGGGGGAAGCAUGGAGAGUCUCAGCUGGUGCUCAGGAAGCGCUGGUGCAGCUUCGUGAAGCAGGAGUGAAACUUGCAGUUGUCUCGAACUUUGACUCUCGUCUACGGCCAGUUCUACAAGAUCUACAAGUUUACAGCUUAUUUGAUGCUAUAAUCGUCUCAUCGGAGAUCGGUUUCGAAAAACCUGCCCGACAAAUUUUUGAAGCAGCUCUGAAUGAGCUGAAAGUUGGCGCAGAACAAGCCGUUCAUGUUGGGGACGAUGCUACGGCAGACAAGGCGGGUGCCGAAGCCCUUGGGAUCAAAGCCUGGCUGUGGAAGAAGGAUGUCAAGUCUUUCAAGGAGGUAGCUGGACGGAUCCUCAAUGCAGAUGCAUAUCCUGAAGGAAGUUAGAGAAUGUGUGCUUCUUGGAACGCUCAUAUCUUGGAGUUGUGAAAGUCUUGUGGAAGGUGGAAGGAGGAAACAGUUGGGACGGAGCCAGGAAAGGUUGAAACUAUGUAUGGAGUAUGGAACGGAGACAAAUACCACACAAACGGGAGCAGUGGGUCAGAGACAGAAUGAUGUAAGCUCGGAAUAGUCAACAUCGUCUGGAACUUUGAAAGACGGUUUUUUUCAGACUUUGGCAACCAUCUCUACUAUGAAAAGCGAAGCAGCACAGAGCUUGUAGGACUGAGAACAUGGUGAAAUGCUAGAUGCUUUCUGGUUCUGGACACUCACUACGAUCUCCACAGCUGAAGGUAGGAUCUCAUCUAUGGAAAGUAUUGCCACAAAAAGUGCCUGGGAGUUUCGUUAACGUUGAUCUCCGAAACCUAGAGAUCCAUGUGCAGAUGGUGGCAUGAUGUGGUCUGGGUCGGUUGAUGCUGCAGAUUUGGAUUGUAGCCAAUGUGCGACAGUAGACACUACUUUAGAUUCAAAAGCCAAAUAGUGGAGCUGGUUUUCCACGUACUGUUGCAGGGAGAACAGAUUAUUCGCUUGAGACGAGUCUGACGUUGUUGCGCUCGUCACAUGAUGUGGGUCCUCGUGGUGUGGGAUAUUCCGACGUCAGAUGUCUGGUUCGCCUUGCAGAACAGUUACAUGAUAUCAAGUCUCUUGAUGUAUUGUCCUCUUUCAUCAAGAGCUGAAGGUGGUGUCCAGCUCGUGUAGUGUUAUGUGGGUGUUCUCGACUACUCCUUAAGCCAACUCGGUUGAUCCUCACAUAUCCAUGACAAUAAACUACAUCGACUUCGCUUACUAUUACC